UGGGCCAGGACCAGGCGGCGGCGCCGCUCCGCGUCGACCGCGCGCCCGACCCCGUCCAACGCUGGAACAGCUACGAGGCCUUCUACGCCGGCGGCGCCGACAGACAGACGCGGCGGAGCGGCCGGCGCACACGGAGGGCCCGCUGGACGGCUCCCUGUACGCCACCGUCAUCAAGAAGCCGUCGACGGGCAGUCCGCGAAGCCAGCCGCCCAGUGCCGCCGCCGCCGCCGACAGCCAUGAGCUGCACACGGUGUCUAUGGACAGUGGCAUAUCGAGCAGUGGCCGCGAACGUCUGAGCGGCGGCAGCAGUCACUCGCCGUCCGGUCCGCACUCGAGCAGCUCCGGCCGCUCUGCUCCCUGUGAUAGCAGCCCGCUGGCCGCGCCCGAGACCUCCCCCGCCACCCCUGCCCGACCCGCCCUCCGUACCGCAGUGGAAGCGAACGCGCGUGUGAAAAAACAAUCGUCGGUGGACGCGACGCAGCUGGACGCAGUGCUUGAGGGACUGCGGGAGAACUGCUCCAACAUCCCCGACCUGCGGCCGUGCCAGACUCCGGCGCCAGAUAUAGACGCGAUUCAGGCGCCAACGUUUGCGGCGAGCGCGCCGGCGCCCAGUGCGAGGCCCAGUGUGCGCGGACGCAGCGCCGCGGCGGCGCACAGUGCGCCAGACGUCGUCGACGUCAGCUUCAGCUCCGGCUACGGCUCCACGCAGUCGCCGCCGCAGCCGGCGCCACCCGCCAGCAUGGUCCACUACAACGGCUACAAGUCGGACUCGACGUUCAGUGAGUCGUUCAGUGCCAAAGCCGAGGAGGAGAUUCCGUACCACGCGCGCGCCGACAGCAAGCCGUUCUCGUACGCCAGCUUCGGCGCGUCGGGCGCGCGGCGCAGCCUGAGUCCGGCCGCGCCGGCCCGCCAGAGGUCACCGGAGCUGGAGCCGCCGCGCCGCGCCGACGCCGAGCAGCGCCGGCCCGAGCUCGAGUCGCCGCGGCUCGUGCGCAAACUGCUCGUGAGCGGCGCGUCGCAGCCGGCCGCCAAGCAGCCGACGCCGACGCCGCCAUCGCCCAGCCUGCCGCGCAAGACCUACACACAAGACCUACCGAAGACCUACACCAACGGCUCCUCCGGCAAGUCGGUCGUGACCGAGACGUACGGCAGGAGCUUCAACGGUGGCGGCGUCAAGGCGCCGGCGACGGACACGCUGCGCUCGCAGCGCUCCUACAACUCGGACACGCUGCCGUCGCACCGCUCCUACAACACCGACACCAUGAAGUCGUACAACACGGACACGCUGCGCAGCAACACGUCCUACAACACGGACACGCUGAAGUCCAACCGGUCCUACGACUGGGAGAGCACGAUCCGCUCGACCAAGCCGUCGCCGCCGGCGCCGGCCGCGGCGCCGGCGGCCAGCCGCGCGAUGGAGCCGUACAGGCGCGCGCCGCCCCCGGCGCGCAACAUCGAUAUCAACCUGAACGACCCCAGCGCCAAGACGGUAACCACAUACGACCAGAACACCAACUCGAUGACGACGGUGAGCACGCAGUCGUUCGACGUGCCGUGCAGCCCGAACCCGACGCGCAAGAUUGUCGAGACGACUAAGCGCUACAUGGUGGACGACGAGGACGGCGGCCAGGCCGGCGUCACCAAGAUGGAGGAGACCAUUCGCGAGUUCGUCAUCGAGGACUUGCCGGACGGCGUCGCCUCGGCGGGCAACGUCACCUGGCUGCAGAAGCAGCAGCAGAAGCUGCGGGAGCGGAAGCAGGCUCAGCUCAGGAGCGAGCGGGCGCCGAAAGAGGCGCGCGUGCUGCACGAGCUGCGCCGUCGCCAGGGCCAGGAGGACGGCUACACCUCGGACACCACACUCUGGACGGACACGUCGCGGGAGACGAGCCCGGCCGCGCAGCUGGCGCCGCUGCACGUGCACACGAGCGGCACGCGGUCCGGCAGCUCGGCGCCCGUCUCGCCGCAGCUGCCGGCGCGCGCCGCCAGCCGAGAACGCAGCGUCAGCACCCACCGGUACACGCAGCAGGCGAGCGCGGCGCGACCGCUGACCCGGCACCGCUCGGAGACGGCCUACGACCGCGACCGGCCCCACGUGCAGGUGGUCAGGCCCGAUCAGAGGAAGGUCAGCGACUCUGACCUGACGCACCUGAUUAAUACGACUCAGUACAGUCAAUAUUCCUCCACCCCCGUUCACGACCGAGAUGGACUUCUCACCAUCGUGAAUGGCCAAAGUGGUCUCACUAAACUAGAAGAACUAACAUACCGGUUGAUGGUCGUUAACUCACGCAAACCUCACGCAGCCAAGGUGAGGGAUCCUCCUGAGCCGAGGCCGGAGACGCCGGCGUUCCCCAACCCGCCGAAGACGCCCUACCAGAACCAGACGCUGCCGCCCAAGAGUCCCACCAGUCAGAGAAAACUUCUGACCGUGACCCAAACAACAAAAACGUACACGAGAACGGCGGGCGGCGGCGUGGCGCCCAGGGAGCGCUCGCCCUCGCCGGGCGGCCAGCAGGUGCACUUCGAGACGACCACGUCGUUCGAGUCGUCGCCGUCGGCGUACCAGGGUCACAGCCGCCGCUCGUCGGUCAGCUCCGACACCGAGGUCAUCUCGGCGCACCCCCACUUCGUCAAGGACAUCAGCAAGUGGUGGUACAAGCCGGCCAUCAGUCGCGAGCAAGCCGUCACCCUGCUGCGCGACAAGCCGGCCGGCUCGUUCGUCAUCCGCGACUCCAACUCGUUCCCGGGCGCGUUCGGCCUGGCGCUGAAGGUGGACACGCCGCCGGCGAACGUGGCGGCGCGCGGCGGCGACGCCUCCAGCGAGCUGGUGCGCCACUUUCUCAUCGAGACCACCAGCAAGGGCGUGCGGCUCAAGGGCUGCCCGAACGAGCCGACGUUCGGCACGCUGUCGGCGCUGGUGUACCAGCACAGCGUCACGCCACUGGCGCUGCCCACCAAACUGGCGCUGCCCGAGACGGAGCUAGCCGCCGGCGACGUCACCGACGCGCCGCCGGCCGUGCACGCCAAGCACCGGGAUCUCCUCGACACGGGCGCCGCCUGCAGCGUGUUGUACCUGUACUCGCGUGACACGGAGGCGCUGACCGGGCCGCAGGCGGUGCGCCGCGCCGUCACCGACCUGUUCCGCCAGCAACAGCCGCAGCCGGAGGGCGUGGUGGUCCACUUCAAGGUCUCCAACCAGGGCAUCACGCUCACAGACAGCCAACGCAAGCAGUUCUUCAGGCGCCACUACAACACGAACCUGGUGUCCCAUUGCGGCCUGGACCCGGAGGACCGGCGCUGGACCCUGCGCGGCGACGACGGGCAGCCACUCGGUUCGCUGCGCAUUUUCGGCUUCGUGGCCAAGAAGGGCCCAUCCACUGGCAACAACCAGUGCCACCUGUUCGCCGAAUACGACUCGGACCAGCCGGCCUCGGCCAUCGUCAACUUCGUCACCAACAUCAUGAUGACCAACAACUACGGCUCGCGGCCAAACAUGCUGUGACGUCACAGCGCGUCCGAUGACGUCACCUGCCCUCGGGCACCGCGCGCCGAGUAACAUUGCUGGAAUGCGUGUGCGGGGAACGAAGCGAAACGGGAAGCGCGCGGUGCGGACACAGUGCGCCAACGCCGGCCGCCUCACCGCCUCACUGUGCUGGAGCUUGCGCGUGCGUCCUGUGACUGCCUUUGUUGCCAUAUGCCAUCACACGUAGAUGUAUUUAAUGGAUAGCGCCGUAGGUAGUGAAUUAAAGAUGCCUGUUGCGACGGAAAAGACAGAGGAGACGCGGCCGCGUGCGUCGACGCCUGCGCCGGUGUGUACAGUCCUGUGUAAUCACUAAUAGCGUCUCAGUGCCAACUGGCCCCGCCUGCACCGACUCAUAGUUUUCUACUCACCGUCAGCCGCGCCGCAGCGGCGAGGCCGCGCGGCCCGCUGCGCCGUUUGUCGCCGCCGCCGCCGCCCUGGCAGUGUCGCCCGCGACCUCGGACGGGGUCAAUAAACCGACUAGCGCCCGCACCGGGUCUCCCCCAGCG